CGUGCGUGGUGACGUCACGCCGGGCCUGCACUGUCCCGCGUCUUUAUGUCUGCCUCGCCAUUACAACCACAAACAAUCGGAACGGCCGCGCGACACACAAAUCGCGGCAUCGCCGCCGCCCGCGCGGAUCCACGACUCGGCCAAAGCGGGCAGCGGUAACAACAACAACAACACCACCACCACUCGUAACCGUAACAAUAACAACAACAACAAUAAUAAUCAUACGAACAGGCGCGCGGCGGCGUCGGCGGCGUCGGCGGCUGGCGUCAUGUACCCGGGCUGGAGCCAGGCCUCAGGCCUACACGGGUCGGGCCUGCCCGCUACGGGUCCCGGCUCCUACUCGGCUUCGGGGCUCGGUGGCAUGGCUUACAAUAAUGCCGUCCUCUCUUCCUCCUCGGCGGCGGCCGCUGCUGCUGCUUCUUCUUCGUCGUCAUCGUCGUCUUCAUCGGUCAAUUCGGCUGCGCCUGCCUCCUCGUCGACGGGAUUCCAAAGCCUGCAGCAGCAACACAUGCAGCAGAUGCAGCGUCUGCAGCAGAUGCACCAUCAGCAAAUGCAGUCUUUCAAUUCGUCGUCGUUGUCAUCGUCACUCUCGGCGGCGACGACCAGCGCCGUCUCGACUGUUGCCUCGCCCGCCGGCUCCUCCACGUCCGUGACGUCGUCUGCCAACACGGCCGCCUCGUCCAUGGCUCCUAUCUCGUCGAUAGCCUCCUCCUCUGCUUCAUCCACAAAGCCCGCGUCCUCCAUCUCAUGCGUUCCCCCAGCGACCCCGGCACUGCCCCCGGGUCCCCCGCCUCCCCUGCCCCCGUCAGGGCCACCCUCGGGCUACGGCUACAACCCCUACUCGGUGGGUGGCGGUGGUGUCGGGGGGCCCCCCACCACCAACACCACGAUGCCCCCCUACCACUACUCGGGACACUACGGGGGGAUGUCUCACUACCCGCCUCCCACGCAGCCCCCCCAGCCGUAUCCCAUGGCUGCCUCUUCAACCUCCACCUCCGUGUCAACCUCCACUGCGACCGCGCUGCCGCUACCCUCCACCCUCUCAUCGGGGAUCGAACAUCAUCAACAACAACAACACCAGCCCCAGCCGCCACCUCCGCCCCUGCCACCGUCCGAGGAGCCACUGCCACCUCCACCUCCCGAUGAUGGUGCUGACGAGACGGCCGUGGCCAAUGUGGGUGACCCUGAGGAGGCUGCCCGGUUGCGACAGCUUCAGCAAGCAGCUGCCCAGUGGCAACAGCGCAAGCAGUGGCAAGAGCAGCAGCAUCAGCAGCAGCAUCAACACCAGCAGCAGCAUCAGCCACAUCAGCACCAGCAGCAGCACCAGCCGCAUCAACAGCAGCAGCAACCGCAACAGCAACAACAACAGCAGCAGCAUCAGCAAAUGCAACAGGGAUACAUGCAGAGCCAAGUGGUGACACCGGUGGAGACGCAGACAACGCCAGCCGAAAAGAGCGGAGAACAGGCAGAGACUCUGGCGGAUAUCGAGUGGCAGCAAGCUCAGUUCGACACGCUUUACGCGCAGUGGAAGACGCAGUUCAACGAGUGGCAGGAGCAAUACAAGAACCACCCGGACCACGAGCAGUUUGUGCAGUACGAGCAGCACUGGAAGCAGUGGCAGCAGCAAAUGCAGGCGGUGGGCGCAAACUUGCAGCAGCGAAAGGAGCAGCUUACGAAGUCUACCGUUGCGCCUCCGCCCAUACCCACGCAGCCCGAGCCGGCGCUGCCACCGACCCUACCGCUAACCUUGCCACCAACCUUGCCGCCGCCACUGACGCCGUCGCAUCCGCUAAACAUUCCACCGGGACCUCCAUCGACACUGCCACCGGGCCCACCACCAGGCCUACCACCAGGACUUCCACCAACGCUACCGCCUGCCUAUCCCCCUACGUACCCACCGACAUUUCCUCCGGUUUAUCCGCCAAAUUACUCUCCACUUUACCCCCAGACGCUGCCGCCAAUGUUGCCUCCAGCUCUCCCAUCAACACUCACGCCGCCCGUGAGCUCCUCGCAGGAGGUGGCCGUCGGCAAGGCAGCGAGCGACACGGCGGCAAGCAGUGUCACGGCGGUGGCGUCAUCGGAAGGAGAGGGAUUCGCGGGACCUGUUCCCGGAGCUGCGAGGCCCUCGCUGCUAUCCCCUCCUCCACGCUUCGCUGGGUCCAGCAUGCCCAGGCUCAGUGGACCUAUGCAUUAUCCUCCCCUCUAUGGCAAUCAAAUGCCAUCUGGCGGCAGGCCUCCUCAGGGCUCCUUCCAAUCAUCCGGUCCUCAAACAGAGACGGGCAGCUCUUACCCAGGUUCUUCUCAGCGAUUCAACGACCCCUCCCCGGAACGGUCGAGCGCGACUGCCGUACCUCUGCCGGGAUCGCGAUAUUCUAGGUCCGGCCUCCUGGACGGACCCAGAGGACAGGAGGGUACCACGGACCUCGAGAGGUCAUCGGCGCCGGCGACGGAAAGUUUCGGGCCAUUCAGCGGCUCAAGUUCUCAGUUCGACUCCACUGACGCCCAGGAUCUGGACACUCACGAUAAAGGCGGUCAUGGUGAAGCAUCGUCAAGCCGAGGAGGAAUUUCUCGAUUUGAAGGCUCUCAUCUCCAAGGGGCCCACAAUCAGGGCCCGAACAGUCAGAGCGAAGGACCCCGUAUGCAGGGAUUCCGUCCGAACGACCAAAGCAGUCAAUACGGGGGUCCACGGUUUCCAGGGCCUCGCUUCUCGGGCCCCAACGCUCGAUUUGUGGGACCUCAUGGCCUAGGUUCACGUUUUCAGGGCCCCGGCGGCAACCGAUUUGAUUGGCCCGGAUCUCAGGGCACACUUGCGCACGGCGGAGGUAGCGAAUUUGAAGAAUUGCACACGAAGGGCCCUGGCGGCGGGAAGUUUGAAGAGCCACGUGUUCAACGCAAUCGCUUUGAGGUCUCCGACGGUGAAUUUGAAGAAUCGCGCACGCACGGAAAGGACGGUCAGUUUGAGGGAUCGCUGGCACAGAGCAGCCAAGCCUCGGAUGUUGAGAACAAAUUUGAAGGCGCUCGCUCCACCCAUGGCACCGGCAGUGAGGGUGAAGGUGCGUGCAUGCCAGGACCCAAUCAGCACGGCGCCAACAGUCCGUUUGGGGGAUCCCAUUUCUCAGGGCCACGCUUUCAGGGCCCCAAUGCUUCAUUUGAAGGACCACGUCCGCCAGGCUCCGAUUUUCGAGGACAGGGUCCUGACGGUCAGUUUAACGAGCAGCGUGGUCCAGGUUCUCAAAAUUGGGGCCCCAGCAACGAGUUCAAGGGACCGCACUUCCAAGGCUCGCACAAGUGGGGCCCUGGCAGUCGGGGUGAAGGUCUCCUUGGCGAGGGCCCGCAUUCUAAUGUCCCAAGCCAUCAAUUUGGGGGACCACGUUUUUCAGGGCCUCGAUUCCAGGGCCCUACCAGUCGAUUUGAAGGGCCUCGUGCCCCGGGCUCUCGAUUUCAAGGCCCCAACAACAGCAGAUUCGAUUGGCCUGGCUCUUGGGGCCACGUUAACGAAUUUGAGCAGUCUCAAAAUCAGGGUCCUGACAAAAAAUUUGAAGGAUCCCAUGCACAAAUCUCACCGUACCAGAGCUCCAGUAAUAAGUCUGAAUGGCCACAAGCCCAUGGUCCUUUCACUCAGGAUGAUAAGGGUGAAAUAAAGGAACCACAUGCCCCAGGGCCUCACACUCAGGGAGUCAACGUUCAGAAUGAAAGUCCUCACUCUCAGAGUACUCCUCGCGGUCCCUUUGGUCAGUUUGGUGGGCCUCGCUUCCAGGGUCCCCGUUUCCAGGGCCCUAGCAGUCAAUAUGUAGGACCUAACAAUCAAUCCGAAAGACAACAGGCCCAGGGUCCCCAAUCCCAAAGUCCUGGUAAUCGGCUUGAAGGACUUCAUGCUCAAACACCUCAGCUUAAAGACCUCAACAGCCAGACAAAUGUGUCCUACAGCCAGGGUUCUUACUCUCAGGGUCCUAAAAGCCAAUCUGAAGGUCCUCAGCCUCAAGGUCCCACCAAUCGGUUUCAGGGCCAGCACCCCAUGGGCCCUCGUCCUCAAGGCCCAGUCAGUCAGUCUGGAGGUCCUCGUCCCACAGGUCCCGGUUCUCAAGAUCCCACCAAUCAAUCUGUAGGUCCCCAUCCUCAAGGUCCCACCGGUCAAUCAGGAGGUCCUCAUCCCACAGGUCCUGGUUCUCAAGGUCCCACCAAUAAAUCUUUAGGUCCCCAUCCUCAAGGUCCCACCGGUCACUUAGGAGGUCCACGUCCCACAGGCCUUGGUUCUCAAGGUCCCACCAAUCAAUCUGUAGGUCCCCAUCUUCCAGGUCUCACCGGUCAAUCAGGAGGUCCUCGUCCCACAGGUCUUGGUUCUCAAGGUCCCACCAAUCAAUCUGUAGGUCUCCGUCCUCAAGGUCCCAUCUGUCAAUCAGGAGGGCCUCGUCCCACAGGUCCCGGUUCUCACGUUCCCACCAAUCAAUCUGCAGGUCUCCGUCCUCAAAGUUCCAUCGGUCAAUCAGGAGGGCCUCGUCCCACAGGUCCCAGUUCUCAAGUUCCCACCAAUCAAUCUGUCAGUCCACGUCCUCAAGGUCCCACCGGUCAAUCAGGAGGUCCUCGUCCUACAGGUCCUGGUUCUCAAGGUCCCACCAGUCAAUCAGGAGGUCCUCGUCCUACAGGUCCUGGUUCUCAAGGUCCCACCAGUCAGUCUGUAGGACCCCACCCUCAAGGGCCCACUGGUCAAUCAGGAGGUCCUCGUCCUACAGGUCCUGGUUUGCGAGGUCCCACCAGUCAAUCUGUAGGUCCACGUCCUCAAGGUCCCACCGGUCAAUCAGGAGGUCCUCGUCCUACAGGUCCUGGUUCUCAAGGUCCCACGAGUCAAUCUGUAGGUCCAUGUCCUCAAGGUCCCACCGGUCAAUCAGGAGGUCCUCGUCCUACAGGUCCUGGUUCUCAAGGUCCCACCAGUCAGUCUGUCGGACCCCGUCCUCAAGGGCCCACUGGUCAAUCAGGAGGUCCUCGUCCUACAGGUCCCGGUUCUCAAGGUCCCACUGGUCAGCUUGUGGGUGCCCAUGAACAGGGUUCUCGCUUUCCAAAUCCAAACGCUCAAGGACCUCGCAAUAAUUUUCAGGGACCUAAUGCCCAAAACCCAAGAAGUGAGGGCCCUCAAGGGCCCAACGCACAGGGUCACAAUGUCCAUAUAAAUGGGCAGCGUUUCCCACCACCUGGCCCAAACUCUCAAACCCCCUUUUCGCACAGCGGAAAUUUUGUUCCCCAAAUGGGUGGCCCUAACCCCAGAGGUUUUGGCCCGAGAGGGCAGGGUCAGGCAGUGCCAGUCAGGGGUCUAAAUCAAGGGCCCAUGGAGACCGCUCCCAGGUUCCCUGGCCCUCACGGCUCAUUGCCUGGAUCUGCAGAAAUCCGGCAUCCAGUCCCUGGACAAGUCAGAGCUCCUACGCCCCAGCAAUGUGCAGCUGGUAAACAGGUGCCGGAUAGUGACAGUACAAGCGAGCCUCCCGAUAAGAAGGCCAAAACAGGAGAUGCCACGGCACCAACAAAUGUUGCGGCAAAACAGUUGAAUGCAACCGGUGACCAACAAAAGGGCAAGACUGACCAGGAGACAAACCUGCAAGCCUCGAAGGUGGAGCAGCAGCACCUGCCCGGUGUCAUAAAGCCGCAACAAGGUGGGCAACUGGCGGCGGGAAGAUUCGCAUCGUCGUCCUCGGCACCGUUGCAGACUUCACAGCCCAAUCAGGGUAGCGUUGGCCCAGCUGGCGGCGUGUAUGAGGGCGCCAGCUUGUCUAAUCCUGCAGACAGCACCACAGUCUCCAUGCAGAUGGACGAGCCCAUGCUUCUAGACGAGGACAUGGAGGACAAUGGUCAGAUAGAUUCUCAGCCGCCCGGCUGGCACGGCCAGAGACGCAAUGAUGACACCGAUGCAAGACCCUUCGGCGGCAUGGGUGGUAGUGGCGAGAGGUGGGGCGGUGCCCCGCCGCACAGGUCAGACGAGCGAUGGGCCCCCGAGGAGCAUUCGCACGAAACAGGGCAACCGUGGAACAGACCUCCGUUUGCGCAAAACAGGGAAACUUCCAACAUGAGGAGACCUUUGAACAAACCUUCCGAAGGCAAAAAUCCCGAGUGGGGCAACAGGGGUCCGAAUCAGUUUCCUCCCACGGGGAGGCCGUUCCCACCUCGGUUCCCCAGGGAUGCCAUGGACCGACAGUUCCAGCCGAUGCAGCCAAGAGAUCGGGACCAGGGGUACGAAGAGGAGUUCGGCUUCCAUAGGGACUUCGAUGCCCGCUUCGAGCGUGACUUUGAUCAAGAGCCACGGCAGGGCUACGGGGAAUUUGGAGCCGAGGGGGAAGGGGAAGAGGAGGAGGAGGAGGAAGAAUACUACGACGUGGACGGCCGGCCUCUGGGUCGGAGCAGCCCUGGCAGGGAGGAGCACUGGAGAGAAGGCCCCAGAGAGGGCGAGUUCGGUUACAAAGAGCGAGGCCCCUGGAACGAAGAACAGAACGAGGAGGGGUGGGACCACUGGAAUCCGGACAGUCGCCCUGGUCACCCUGGCAUGCCCAGGCACAGAGGGAUGGGGGGGCCCCCCAUGGGCAUGCGGGGACGAGGCUUCAUGGGACCCCCGCCUCGGGGCAGGUUCAUGAUGCAGGGGCCCCGACGAGGAGGUCCGAACAGGCCUCCGUUCCCGCCGUGGGGCGAGCACGAGCGGGGCGGACACUCGCUGGGCCCCAGACGCGGUGGCCCGCCCGAGGGUCAUCCGCGGGGAUUCGGCAGGGGAGGGCCCAAUGGCCCUCCGGCUUCGAACAGGUGGGAUCCCUCGGGCCCGGGCAGGUCACACUUUGGUGCACCUUUGCCUGGAAACAGACGGGAGCUACCGCCGCCGAUGCGUCGGUGGGAUGGCGGACCCGAGGAAGACGACGAUAAUGACGGUGGAGGACGCCCGCACUGGGAUCGCGACGCUGAGCAGUGGGACGAGCAAGGCGUCGUGCAGCGAUGGCGGAGGGAAAUGUCACCUCCGUCGUCGCCACCGCCGCCACCACCACCGCCAGCGGAAGGGGAUGAGGAGGGAGACCUUGAGUUCCCUGAUCGCGUGAUGUCACUCUCGAGCAGGGAGCACGAGAUCAUCUUAAAGGCCGCACAGGAGCUCAAAAUGCUCAGGGAGCAGCAAGAGCAGCUGCAUUUGCUGAACGAGAUGCAGAAUGAUGUUCGAGGAGUCAAGACAUCACCAUCCCCUUCCAGCAGUGCUGCACCGUCAUACUACAGGACGUCACUCGACGCCCUGGACUCGCCAGCGGAGAAGCCCAAGGUCGACUCCGGUGGCAGCGGUUGGUCCCACGGGGAGGCCCCCUGGGUCAGGGAGUCGUUGGCGCCCAGCGCGGGAGUGCUGCGCCACGACAACCCGGGGUCUUGCCCGCCGCCGCUGCCGCCGCCAUCAUCGUCGCUGCUUGAAAGGAAGCCGCUGAACCUGGAGCCGAUGAGUGUCAAGAAAAUCACGCAUGACUACUCGCACGGCUCAGCGGAAGGGCUGCCUCGCAUAGAGCAGACGUCAUAUGGUGAGCGAGUCUCCCUGGGUCGUGGGAAAUCCUACAUCAGAGAGAGCUUGCCGCCCGGCGACGCAUCAUUCCGGGAGCGAUGCCUGGGCUGGGAUGGCGGCGAUGGUGAAGGGAUGUGGGAGAGGGAAUCCAUGAUGGCCAUUGAGAGGGGGCCCAGACCCCCUCCCCUGCUUUCACGUGACCCUCAGGACGGCGCGUCCAAAGAGUUCAUCCGGGAGCCUCUGGAUAGAGAACGGUUGCCUCUGGGGCAGCCGGGCAACUACAUGAGCUACGCCGAACGGAGGGCUGGACCCGAGCGCCCCACGUACGAACGAAAGCCGUUCGAGCCCAUGGCACCGCCGUACCCAGGGGAGCACUACCAGGACCGGCCGCCCAUGCCGUUCUCGCGCGAUCGACCCCCGUAUCCGCCCAGCCGGAUGGGACCCCCGGACAGGAGGAUGGGGGUGCUGCCCCCGCCGCCGCCACCCUCGUCGCUACCGCCGCCGCCGAUGGCCCCGCCGCCGCCAAUGCCGCACGUGGAGGAGAAGAAGCCGGAGUCGAAGCACGUGGAUGACCUGCUGAAGAAGCCGGGACGCGCCACCCGCCCGGAGCGCAUCGUGGUGAUCAUGCGAGGCCUUCCCGGCAGCGGCAAGACCCACGUCGCCAAGCUCAUACGGGAUAAGGAGGUGGAGGAGGGAGGCGCGGCGCCACGCGUGCUCAGCCUGGAUGAUUACUUCGUCACCGAGGUGGAGCGCACGCAGACUGACCCGGAGACCAAGCGCAAAGUCAAGAAGAAGGUCAUGGAGUACGAGUACGAGCCGGAGAUGGAGGAGACGUACCGCAGCAGCAUGCUCAAGACGUUCCGCAAGACCCUGGACGAUGGCUUCUUCCCCUUCAUCAUCAUUGACGCAAUCAACAACCGCGUCAAGCACUUCGAGUCCUUCUGGAGCUCCGCCAAGACCAAGGGCUUCGAGGUGUACUUCGCCGAGAUAACCGGGGAGACGCACACGUGCGCCAAGCGGAACACACACGGCCGCAAACACGACGAGAUCAACAAGAUGGCCGAUCAGUGGGAGGUGACGCCCAAGCACAUGAUUCGUCUGGACAUCCGCUCGCUGCUGCAGGACGCCGCCAUCGCGGAGGUGGAAAUGGAAGACACGGAUCCUUCAGAAGAAACCGAGAGCAAGAAGACGCCACCAACGACUGAGGAGGAGGAAGGGGAUGGGGAGGGGGGGUAUAUCCCAAAAAGCAAAUGGGAAAUGGACACCUCUGAAGCAAAACUAGAUAAGCUGGACGGACUCGGCGGAGGCUGCAAGAGGAAACGCGACUCGCUGACCUCGGCAAAACAGCGCAUGGAGGAUUACCUCUCGCUGCCCGAGUACUUCAGCCAGCGCCCCGCACAGCCGGGGAAGAAACGGGUACGCUGGGCCGACCUUGAAGAGCAGAGCGAGGCGGAGAGAAAGCGCGCCAUCGGGUUUGUGGUGGGUCAGACGGACUGGGAUCGCAUCACGGACGAGAGCGGGGAGUUUGCCACCAAAGCUCUUAAUCGCACUCGAUACUUUUAACCGUAAACUCCCGUUAGGUGUUUGCCGACGGCUCUGGGUAAGUGUCUCGCUACCUACGCCGCCUUCACUCCCACCACACCGCGCACACGUUAGCAGACGUCGCCGUAGUCACAGUCCUCUUUAAUUCGAUGUGAAUUUUUCUGAUUUUUUUUUGGUGAUUGUGUUCGCAAUUCCAUAAUUAGUUUCUGGAUGUCGCGAGAAAAAUUGUGCCCCUUUGUAUGUGUGUUAAACUUAUUUCGCACCGCACGCAGCCAACCGUGCUAAUUGGAGGUGCGGGGGAAGGACAACAAACUAAAAGCAUAAAGCAGUUUUAAAGAAAUGAGACAAUGGCCAGGUCACCCGAAAUGUGCCUGAUUGUGGCAAAGCUUGGAAACUUAAGCAGUCUUGAAACUGUAUAAUGGACGGAUGGGCAACCAUCAUGCAUAACAGGUGUUGCAGGCUGCCGGGCUAAGUUGUGGCCAGCAGAGGGCAGUGUAGGAAAAAAAAUCCAUCGCUGUACUGUGCCAUGCUAUGCCUGCCUUCACCAUCACGCGCUGAUCGGCACGGUGAAGUAUGGUCAAAUAAGCCCCACAAACCCUGCACGGGAUGGGGAGGUCUGCAUCCAACAGUGGAUUGGCAUAAGUCCUGUGCACGUAGACCAAAAGACAUGUGACACAAGCAAGUGGAAGUUGAAGUCAUGUUGCGAUGUUUUACCUGUUGAUAUUCGAUAGAAGCGAGAUGCAAAACCUUGGCUCUGGCGGUUGAUCUGUUCGAGAUUGAAUCCCUGCUUCUUUGUAAAUACGGCCUAGCCUUUGCAGUACAGUAACAUGGUUUCUUGAGCUGUGUUUUUUUUUAGUUCUCCGUUGCAAAUUGAGUGGGCUUAUCGUCUGCGAUUUUAACCUUCACAAACGCAAUACGGUCCCUUUGCAAAAGCUUGCCCAACAAUGCCGACGCAGGGGGAAACCCCCUCGUGCGAACGUAAGGGUUCGCGCACCUGUGACCCGCACUCCAGAGGUCACCACCGCCUCGCUCUGAUCGCCCGGCAGCGUGGCAGAUGAAACGAUGGGGCGAGUUUAUUAAAUCCCUCCGCCUCAGUCCAGCCGGCCGAAUAAGUAUGUUCUCCACCGAUAAAGUCUUAUGAUGGGCAGGUUGCGUGUAGUGGGGUAAAGCGUUGGUUCUCUCCCACCUCUGCCAAAAGCAUCUGGCCAGCGUAGAAGAGUAGGCCAACCUACCCUCUAGGGGGUUUGUGGUCCUGACCCCGCCCCCGCACCUACGGUUAGCACGGUUGGUUACGUACGGUGCAAAAUAAGUUCAACACAUACAUAGAGCUCUCUCUGCUGAAGGCCCUAAUGCCCAAGCAGUGGCUUGAGCAACAAAUUUCAGGGCUGCGCUUUUACCUUUUAGUGGACUGCUGAUUCAAGUGAACACAACCUCCUGAAAGGUAAAACUGAAAGAGGCGGGAGCAAAAAAUGUAUGCGGAGUUUCGAUGUAACAUGGGCUAUGAUUGUCCAUGCUGUGUUGCGCUCUGAUACAUAAUUUAGAAAGUUCCUAAAACACCUUUGCUGGUUUGUGUGAGUCACCCAUUGUCUGUUAACACUUGUGACAUUUUGGAUGUUUUUUAUUUCCUUUUAGGUGACCGAGAUGGAAGGAAAAGUGGGAUGAAAACAAAGUUGCGUCUACUUUAAACAAACGAAAAAAUGGACAAUUCAUUUUCUGCGAAGGAGGCUUUUACAUCGUCCCAAGGCCUGCUCUGUAACGAGUUGCAUACUUGGUUUGUGGGGGUUUUUAAAAUGUGAAUUAAAUGCUUUCCCGUUUAAUUAAUCCCAUUCGUGAAUUUCGGAAACAAAAUGUGUUAAAAGGGUAAAUUUUCACAGGGCGAAGAUGGCAAAACAAAACAUCGUUUCUUUUUUUUUACUGUGUAAGCCAACCAACGCUCCCUCCACCGUGCCCUGGCGCGCGCGGUAACACGGAAGACGUGGGACUGUGGAUAACGAGCAAUCGUGUCGCUCGCGAAGGUAUAGUAUUCGUUUUUUGGGGGAGUUUUAACAUUGAGCAGGCAGUGUCACGUGUUUAAACGUAGUUCCUUGUUGCUGCCUUCGCCAGUUAAGAGUUGGCCACUGGCUCAUGCCUUGGAGGUGGUCCUUGAUGUUAGUGCGCUGCGCGGGCUUUGAUGAAUUCUGGCCAUGGCGACCGUCGUGAGCGAGUGAUAUCGGAGCUGGUCCUGCGCUCCCCCCCCCCCCAUACUUCACUAUGACCUGCAUGGCGAGGUAUGGUCAAAAAACCUCCAUGACCUCCGCAUGGCAUGGGCGGUAGUCGUUUAUCACUUGGUGGAUUUACGAAUGUCCGGAAUUUAAUUGUUUGUGCCCUCACUGAUACACCGGGGGGGGGGGGGGGGGGGAAGGGGCGCAGCCAUUGACAUUGGCCGUUGGUUGUUGGCGUUGGAGCGUGCUGCUGCCGCUUCUGCAUGGGACUUUGUUGGGCCCUGUUGUGUCCCGCGACCUGUGCGACAGGUUCCAUGCGGCGUGACCGCAAACGCCGGCACGCAAUUGGGGGGGGGGGAGGUGGAGGUGGGGUGCGACCUCGUGAGAUCGUUCACCGCUUUGCUCGAGUGACGAGACGCGCCCGCUGGCAACGCGUUUAAAAGGGCCUUGGGUAAGCAACGUCGGAUGAACUGGCUGGACUCUUGAUAACUGGAUAAGUUGUCACUGAUUCUUUUGUUUGCUGCUGUUAGGAGUUACAAAAAUGUAUGUUUUUCCAAGGUGGCUUGAACUAGUUCAACAUCACCUGCAUUUCGAUUGGUGCACCCCCCCCCCCCCCAAAAAAUAAAAAGGCACUGGUUGUAAAUCGAA